GGGUGACUGGCCCGGAAGCGCAAGGGCGGCCACCGGCGGAGCUGAGGCGUACGCGGGCUCCGUCCUCAGUGGGUGGGUUUGUAUUGUGUCCCGCGCGCGCUUCUUUCUCUGGCGUCGGGAGCUGAUUCCUAGACGGGGACAACAUGCCAACUGCCAAGCAACUAGCUGACAUUGGCUACAAGACCUUCUCUACUUCCAUGAUGCUUCUCACUGUGUAUGGGGGCUACCUCUGCAGUGUCCGAGCCUACCACUAUUUCCAGCGGCGCAGCUCCCGGCGCCAGGCUGCAGAAGAACAGAAGACCUCAGGAGUCCUGUAGAAGCGGGGGGCUAUUUUCCUUGAACAGAGAGGCCUGAGGCAUGCCGUGGAAUGAUCUCACCUGCAAUCAUUUCCAAGUCGAGAGAACUAGGGCCUUAACGGUUUCUGAAUCCUGCCGAGAAAAAGUGCCCAUGUUUUCUCUGGUACUGCCAGUUUGGGGAGACUGUUGAAUCAUGGGAGGAUGAGGCAGACAUUAAAUAUUUUGCCAUGUCUA